AUAUUCUAUCAUUGUAAGGGUUUACAAUGUGAGAUUUGGGGUUAAAUUAUGAUCAGUAAGAUGUGAUGAUUCUAUAUAAAUAUAGGAUAUCACCCUGACUGAUCUUUGAAUGUUUAACCAGAAGAAUUUAGGAUUCUUCGCUUAUUCAGGGACUAUGAACACACUUCGAAUUAAUUCAGACAGAGUCAAGGAUAUAAUUAAAAUAAACUUAAUUUUCUAGACUAAUUAUAUACAUGACAAGCUAUGAACACCUUUAUGUGAUGGAUGGAUAUAAGUGGAUGGAAUGUGAUGUACGAUGAUGGAAUGGUGUGUGAUGUUUAUCAGAACCUUGAAUCUGGAAGAAACUGAGUUCUGGGUGUGAAAGAAUUUGGUCUGCUGCAAACUAGAAGUUGGUUAUUAAUAAAACAACAUCAGACACCAGUUUGAAGGUCUACCAUACCCUUGUAUGAGUUGUUCCCGGCGGUCCGAAAGUUUGUAGUCAGAGUGGUGAGGCCACCGGACGUCAAGGCCACGAUCCUCAGAGAUUAGUAGCUUCCUCUGAGUUCAAGCUUCCCCGGCCAUGGGAUACAACCCAGGUCUGCAGAUUAGAUGUCCAAGAUGGAUGUCUGAGAGUUGCAGUAGCUCUGAAAAGAGCUGUUGUAUGUAAUCACUUGCAGCGUCGUGGCAAGGUUUUGACUUAAGGUCAAAGAGAUGUUUCAAAAAGGCUUCUUUCCCGAUUUGGCCGAAUCGAGGCGUCAGCUAGAAUCUGAGUUAAUCGGGAAGUAAAUUCUGUUUUAUUACCACCAUGUAAUGAUUCUGGCGUGUUUGAUUACGUUUACCAAACAUCCCUCAGAACCACACCUUCGUCAGAUACAAAAUGUUCUUGUUCUGUGGGUAAAGAAUCUUUAAACGUUAUGUGAUGUGACGUUAACCAUAAUUUAUAUCUUAUGAACAUUGUGUAUGAGUGCAGAUAGUGAAUAACUUGUUAAAUCAAACAGUACUGAUCAAAUUAUGUAAAUGGAUCAUUGUGAUGAUAAUAUUCAUAUCAUAUCAACCAUAUGUUUAUUUAAUGAUUAUUUAACUUAUGAGUUGUAAAAGUUCUUCUUUCAUGAGAGUGUGCAAUCCAGCAGUCUGAGAUAAGAGGAAAGAUUGAAGACCUUGGGAGUUAUCUUGUGUAACCAGCAGAGUCUGGACUUUAGGAGACAGGAGAGAAAAUCCAUCCAGAUAGUGGAUUUGUUCUGCAGUUGAUGUUGGUCAAACAUAUUGGUGAAAACUGACCAUUUAUGGACGCUACAUCAUCUUAUCUGAAUGUAAUGAAGUUGACUUUAAUAAAAAAAAAAACGAUCAGAAACACUAAUUUCCGGGGUUCAGCCGGAAGUGAGGUCCGCUGUACUGUUAGCAAGGCGCUGCCGCCAGAGGGCGCUACUUUUUUAUUGAACAGUCGGAUGUUGUAAAUAGUGGACGCGUUUCGAUUUUCAGCGUUUUACUCCGCAGUUUGCUCAGCUGUGAAGUAGCUUUAUUCAUUAACACGGUGCGAGCUUUACUCAGGGUUUCCAUGGACACACAUGGACCACUGACGCUGAAACCAUGCGCCACCACUGGCUGCUGCUCGGGGCUUGCGGCUGGGUCCUCCUCAUCCUGGUGUUUGUGACCAAGUUCAUGAGCCUCAGAAGUGUAGAAGAUUAUGGAGAAAGAUUGGGUCAGGGUUCGACAAUGUUGGUCACCAAAGCGGUGAAGCAAAUUCCAGCUUUAAGCCAAGAAAAACGAGCUUCGGCUCCAUCGCAUCAGGCCUUGAUGGUUCCCACAGCAUCAGACUGGCAGGCCGUUGCUGAUAAGCGACUGGAUUUGUUGUCAGCUGUGUGUAAAAACAGCAGCCUGAGGAAUUUAACUCAUGUUUCUAUAAACAAGUUUGUCCUGGAUCGUAUUUUUGUGUGCGACAAGCACAAGAUCUUAUUCUGCCAAACGCCUAAAGUGGGCAACACGCAGUGGAAGAAGGUUCUCAUUGUGCUUAAUGGAGCUUUCGCCAGCGUGGAGGAGAUCCCGGAGAACCUCGUCCAUAACCAUGAGAAUAACGGCCUGCCGCGCCUCUCCUCGUUUACUCCACAGGAAGUAACUCGCAGAUUAAACUCCUACUUUAAGUUUUUCAUCGUGCGAGACCCCUUUGAGCGGCUCAUCUCUGCCUUCAAGGACAAGUUUGUGAAGAACCCUCGCUUCGAACCGUGGUACAAGCACGACAUUGCUCCAGCUAUCGUCCGCAAAUAUCGCAAGAGCCACAGAGAAAGCAACCUCUCGGCCUCCGGGCUACACUUUGAGGACUUUGUGCGUUACCUCGGUGACGCAGAAGGUCGCCAACACAUGGACCGGCAGUUCGGCGAGCACAUCAUCCACUGGGUGACUUACGCUGAGCUGUGCGCGCCGUGCGAGAUCCACUAUAGCGCGGUGGGACACCACGAGACUUUAGAGCAGGAUGCCCCCUACAUCCUCAAAGCCGCAGGGAUUGACCAACUAGUGUCGUAUCCGUCCAUUCCUCUGGGAAUAACGCGCUACAACAGGACCAAGGUGGAGCACUACUUCUCUGGCAUCAGCAGGCGGGACGUCAGGCGCCUCCUCACACGUUACCAGGGCGACUUCCUCAUGUUUGGCUACCCAAACCCAGACUUUCUGCUCGGUUAGAAUAUUUCACAACGAUAUGAAAGCGUAUUUUCACAUGAAGCAUGUGGGUUAGUGGCGUUUUUGUCUGAAUCUGACAGAUCUGAAUGACUGCUAUGUAGUAGGUCACACUUCUGCACUUUUUUUGUACUUUUCUUACUGAUGCUGAAGGAAAAUACUCAAUAUUUACCCUCCUGUAUUUAUUCUGUUCAUCUCAGAGGCGUCCUCUAUUAUUCUAGGAACCAGGCCCAUGAUCUUGUCUGGUGUAGCUAUCAUAUUGCACUGAAUGGACCACCUGUUACAGUAUGAAUUAAACAUUGUCCAUGGGUAUGAUUUAGAAACUAAAUUAGCGUUUCAUGUUUUUUUGACUCACUAAAGGAACGUCGGUCUCGGCUGCAGCUGCGAAACGCCGACUGUAGCUUCUGGUUCUUCCGUUAUUAAAAAAACUGAAGAUGCUAUUGAUGGAAAGAGGUGAUUUUCUACCAGAAGUGUUUGUUGUAAAUUGUCAUAACGUUUAUAUAUUAAAUGUUGCUAUUUAUAAUAACUUGGGGACAAGAUGGCUGUUACACCUAAAGACAAAUAAAAUAAAUGUUAACGA